AUGAAACGGUCAACACAUUGGAUGAUUAUCUGCGUCUUUUGCAUAUCUCAAGUACUUGGUAUAGUGGCUUUUUCCUACAACUAUGAUACUGGAAAGUUGAAAACUACUUUCUCCAUUACUUUAUAUAGUUGUAUGGUAAGUGCUUUGAUGUUUAGUUCUGUUGCACUAAUACCUCGUAUACAAUGGAAACCGAGAAAUGCCAAUGGACCCGAACUGCAUUUUAAAAUCACUGCCUUAAUAUGUUUAGUACGUAUAAUAGCGGUUCUAAUAAGUGUGAUACUAAACUGGAUCAAACGCAAGGAAUUUAUAAGAAACAUAAGAGAUUUUCAACGUUUAAGAUCAACUUUGUUAAAAAAAUAUGUUAUGUCGACGAAGGUGCAGCAGUAUUUUGAGAAAUCUAUAAGAGACAAAUUUUUCUGGGGUUUGAUGUCGAAUAUUAUGGUGUUUACAAGUUCUUAUGACAUACUUCGGGGAAUUUUUGAUCUGGAGUCGCCGCUUAUUAUAACGGGUUUGGGAACCAUGUCCACGGUUUUGAAUAUCAUAAUGACUCAUCACUUUUUCGCUUUACUAAAUGUAAAUGCUCUUUUAGCUGUUGUCAAUGAGGAGCUGAGGAGAAUAUUAAACAGCUCCUCAGUUUUAUUUAAACUACAGCGUUUGAAAAAAAUUAAACCGGGUGCCCUAAUAACAACAUGUUGCAAUUUGGCCGAUGAAUUGGAUGAUUUGGCAUUUUAUCAUUAUAAAUUUAAACUUAUAGGAGAACGAGUGCAACGUUUGUAUGAUUUACAGGGUGCUUGUGUAAUGUUGACUUUAUAUAUGAAUAAUAUCAAUGUGCUCUAUAUGGGCUAUAUGAUAGUGCAGCAUGAGGAAUUAUCACAAGAGUUGGGCGUCAUUUGGACUUCUAUAAUUGUAUCAAUAGUGUUAUAUUUCUUCUAUAAAGAUUUACAUUUAUUCACCAUAAACAUGUUGAAUUUUGGUGACAAUGUGCAGAGAACAGCUGAUUUGUUGAAAAAUCGUCAACCCUGGUUGCCAACAUUGGAUGAGAGAUUUGAGAAGAGUUUAAAAGACUUUUCUAUACAAUUGGCUUUAUUUCCUUUGGAAAUGAAAUUGUUGGGUUUAUUUCAAUUUAAUCGUUCCAUGUCAUUUGCCACCUUUGGCUCCACCAUAUCGAAUGCUAUUGUUUUAAUGCAAUAUGAUUAUAAAUAUAGUAAGAAUUAA